GUUUUUUCCCCAAUCUAUUCUCAUUUGAAACUUUUUUCUUAAUGCAGGCUGUACCAAACAUUGCAAUGGUUGAAACAUACACCAGAUUGCUGCUCAUUGCACCUCAUUCAUUGUUUCGUUCACAUUUCAGUGUAAUUUCCUUAAACCUGUUUUACCUCUGCAAUUAUUCUCUUUUUUCUGGAUGCAUCCGUAUGGUAGUUUAAUUGCCACUUUGUUCUAUGCUGGCUUAUAAUGUUCUUAGAGAUACUGCACUGGUAUUUUAAGGCCAGGCUGGAGGAAUUAAGUAAAAUUAUGGAUGGAGAGUUAAAUGAAGAAAACAAAUAUGUAGACAAAGAUGAUAUGGAUUUGGAUGAAAAAAGCAAGAACAGAAUUGGUGAAAUGGAUAUUGAUGAAGGCUAUUGCCAAGGGAAGUUUACAGAGAACAACCAGUUGGUGAGGAACAUUGGGAAAGUUGUUCUUGAUCUUAGAAACCUUGGGUUCACAUCAAUGGCUGAAGAUGCUUAUGCUUCUGCUAUCUUUUUGCUUCUCAAGGCUAAAGUACAUACUCUGGCUGGCGAUGAUUACCGGAAUUCUGUUUUGGAUUCCAUUAAAGGGUGGAUUCAGGUUACCUUAGUGUUUGUGAAUGCUUUCUUUACUUCUUUAUCCAAUAUAACUGUUAAUCUCACCAAUCAUGCUGUGCCUCUGCAGUUCUUAAAUGCUCUUCUUUCUUACCUUGGAGAGUCUGGUACUUUUGAAAAUCAUUCAUCUGGUCUUAAAUCACCUCUGGCUUCAUAUCCAUCUUCAUUCUAUCCUGGAAUUGAUACUCCAUUUGAAAGCCUUAUUAGGUGGAAAUUGCGGCUAGAGUAUUUUGCCUACGAAACACUGCAAGAUUUAAGGAUAGCCAAACUGUUUGAGAUAAUUGUGGACUACCCAGAGAGCUCUCCUGCAAUUGAAGACUUGAAACAGUGUCUUGAAUAUACUGGACAGCAUUCUAAGCUGGUUGAGUCUUUUAUUUCUGCAUUGAAAUACCGCUUGCUAACUGCGGGUGCCUCAACUAAUGAUAUACUGCAUCAAUAUGUUUCAACUAUCAAAGCACUCCGGACCAUAGACCCAGCUGGUGUUUUCCUUGAAGCAGUUGGUGAACCAAUAAGGGAGUAUUUGCGAGGAAGAAAAGAUACCAUAAAGUGCAUUGUCACCAUGCUUACUGAUGGAACUGGUGGGAAUACUAAUGGGUCUGGAAACACAGGGGAUAGCCUUCUUGAAGAAUUAAAUAGAGAUGAAGAAAAUCAAGAGAAUGUUGGCCUUGAUGAUGAUUUUAAUACUGAUGACAAGCAAGCGUGGACUGAUGCCCAAUGCUGGGAGCCUGAUCCUGUUGAGGCUGAUCCAUUGAAGGGUAGUCGGAAUAGAAGGAAGGUUGACAUACUUGGGAUGAUUGUAGGCAUAAUUGGUUCAAAGGACCAACUUGUUAAUGAAUACCGUGUUAUGCUAGCUGAAAAGCUUCUGAACAAAUCUGACUAUGAUAUUGACUCAGAGAUACGUACUUUAGAACUCCUCAAGAUUCAUUUUGGAGAGAGUAGCUUGCAAAGGUGUGAAAUUAUGAUUAAUGAUCUGAUUGAUUCCAAGAGGACAAACACCAACGUUAAAGCAACCAUAAGUAAACAAUCUCAAACAGGUUCUGAGAUGGUGGAGACUGGGGUGUCUCUUGAAAUUAUUGAUGCUACAAUAAUAUCUUCAAAUUUCUGGCCCCCAAUCCUGGAUGAGGCACUUAUCAUACCUGAGCAUGUUGACCACUUGCUCUCUGAUUAUGCUAAAAGGUUUCAUGAAAUCAAGACCCCUCGCAAGCUACUUUGGAAGAAAAAUCUUGGUACAGUCAAGUUGGAGUUGCAAUUUGAAGAUAGAGCCAUGCAGUUUACUGUGGCUCCUGUUCAUGCUGCAAUCAUUAUGCAAUUUCAAGAACAAACAAGUUGGACCUCUAAGAAUCUUGCUGCUGCUACUGGGAUGCCAGUUGAUGUGCUAAAUCGGAAAAUUAACUUUUGGAUAAGUAAGGGAAUUAUCACAGAAUCACUAGGGACCAAUCCUAGUGACAAUUUGUUUACUCUUGUGGAAAGCAUGGUUGACACAAGCAAGAGUGGCAGCAAUAGUGGAAAUUCUGAAGAGCUUCUGACAGGUGAUGAAGAGGGCGAGGGAUCUGUGGCCUCUGUUGAGGAUCAAAUACGUAAAGAAAUGACUGUCUAUGAGAAAUUUAUCAUGGGUAUGCUCACAAACUUUGGCAGCAUGGCAUUAGAUCGAAUUCAUAAUACGCUAAAGAUGUUCUGUGUAGCUGAUCCUGCUUAUGAUAAAUCACUCCAACAGUUGCAAAGCUUCUUAUCAGGUCUAGUGUCUGAAGAGAAACUAGAGCUGAGAGACGGAAUGUACUUCCUGAAGAAGUAAAGUAGCUAAUUUAGACCCAAAAAAAAAAAAAGAAGAAGAAGAAAAAGUUGACUAGUACAAUUGUGUCAGUCAGCCUACUCGAUGCAACGAACAGAUAUUGCUAUUAAGGGAAAAAAUGCUAGGAUCUACUGGAGUUUACUUAGUCAUCAGCAGGCAAACUACUUACAUAGGCAGCUUUAUUUGUAGAGGAGCAUUUUGCCCCAUGAGUGUGUUCAAAGUUCUAAUCAUUUACCAGAAAUUAGGUUACAUAGCCACACUUUGUGGGAUGACCAAAAAAUAUACACCUGUUUCAUUA